GCUUUUAAGACUCAAUGGGUCAGUGAGUUAGCAGUAGCAUAUAAAAAGGAAGCACAGUGCUAGGAUGAGACUGAAUUCUCCUCACUGAAAACAUCUCUUCUAAUACAGUGACGAUGUCAGAUCUGGAGAACUCCAUGAUGACUAUAAUCCAAGUGUUCCACAAGUAUUCCAAACACCAAUGCACACUAAGGAAGGCAGAUCUGAAGGAACUAAUCAAUAAUGAGUUGAGUUGCUUCAUCAUGAAUAUUCAGGACAAUGAGACAUUGGACCAGCUCUUCCUUGACCUGGACCAAAAUGGCGACCUUAAAAUUGACUUCCAAGAAUUCAUUGCCAUGGUUGCCAUGGUUACAUCAGCAUGUCAUGACCUCACAGGGAAUGACCUUUAGUGGGGAGGGGUUUGUGAGUUUCAGUGAGGGCUUGCAUCAAAGGAAGACUAAUCCCCCCCUCUGAGAUGGCAUUCCAGGAAUUCCAGAAUCUUCUUCCAGGCGUCUUCCUGAGCCGCAGCAUGAGGUGCAGGGUGUCCACCCCACGAAACCAUUACUGGGAGAGAAACAGGUUCACAUGGAUCAGUAUCCCCCACUCUAAGUGUACC